ACGGCGCGAGCUUAUCGCGUCACGAAGUCAAAGGUUACAGCGAUGGACGCGUUCGAAAUGUAAACAGUCUGGUCUAUUGGAGGACAGACAUGAGGCUUUUAUCGAAGGCAGUGCAGUGUGCGGUGAGUCCGACGGAGUGGAGCCGCAGACACUUCUGGGGUUGGCUCAAUGCUGUUUUCAACAAGGUGGACUAUGAGAGGAUCAAAGCUGUUGGCCCAGACCGGGCCGCAGCAGAGUGGCUGCUGAGAUGUGGUGCCAAGGUGAGGUUCCAAGGUUUCGAUCGCUGGCAUCACGACUACAACGGACUGCCAACUGGGCCACUGGGCAGAUACAAGAUCCAGGCGAUUGAUGCUACUGAAUCCUGCAUCAUGUACAGAGGGUUUGACCACCUGGAUGGUUUGAAAUACUUGGACGAAAUCAAAUUCAACAAGUGCAUCUACAUUGAAGACGCCUGCCUGGAGAGGCUGAGCUCAGUAGAGAAUCUGCAGGAGAGUUUGUACAUGAUGGAGGUGGUGUCGUGUGGAAAUGUGACCGAUAAGGGCAUCAUUGCCCUGCACAAGCUCAGGAAUCUGGAGUAUCUGUUUCUCAGUGAUCUGCCGGGAAUCAAAGACAAAGAGACGACAGUGAACAGACUGCAGACAGCACUUCCACGUCUGGAUAUAGUGCUGGACCUGGACUGACGACUUCCUGCUGUUUAGAGCAUGUUCUAACUGUAAUGUAUGGACGCCUUUUAAAAGGUUUUCGAAGCGUGCAGGGCUUUGAUUGUCCGAGGAGCAGAUUCUCCAGCUAAAAUGUUAGGUGUAUUCACAUGCAAAUGUGAUUAUA